AUGAACAACAUGGCUCAAGCCACUCCAAUAAUACAUGUCCCAAAGACAAUAGGCAAGUAUUCAGUGCUUACACUCAUUGGCCAAGGCGGCUUCUCUAAAGUUGUUUUAGGAAUAGAUCCUAAAACAAAACAAAAGGUAGCAAUCAAGAUAUAUAGUAGACAAUUUAUGACUGAAAAUAACAUGAUUUAUUUCUUAGAAAAUGAAAUUAGACUUCAUUCAAGAUUUAAUCAUCCAAAUAUUGUUAAAAUCCACGAAAUUAUAUAUGAAGAAGAAUACAUCAUGAUUGUUAUGGACUAUUAUCGUAAUGGUGAUCUUUUUACUGCAGUUUCCAAUAGAUGCAAUUUUUCUCUUCCAGAACAAAUAUCCACAAUUUAUCAGAUUGUUGAUGCAGUUAACUAUUUACAUCAAAGAGGUAUUUGUAUUAGAGAUAUCAAGCCAGAAAAUAUCUUAUUUGAUGACUUUUACAGACCAAUUUUAAUAGAUUUUGGAUUGGCAAAAGAGAAUGGUUGCCUAUCAAGAACAAUUUGUGGAACAACAUCAUAUCUUGCACCAGAGGUAAUUUCUUCCAAUGAUUAUAAUCCCAUCAAAGCACAUAUCUGGAGUUUAGGCGUUACAAUACAUAUAUUUUGCACAAAAAUGUUUCCAUGGAACCAUUAUAGUGAAACAAUGACAAUAAAACAAAUGGCCAGCAAAAAUCUUGAAAUUGACAUCAAAGCAACAGGCUUUAUUAAGAAAAUAUUAGAAAAAUGCUUAGUACUAGAUCCAGAGCAGCGAAUAUCAGCGCAAAACAUUAUAUCUCUUUUUGAUUGUUAUCAACAUCAGCCUCUUCCGCAACCUAUUUAUUAUGAAACAUCAGCCAAAAUCAAUGCUCAAACACUUCCCAAGAUUCAAAUAAGAAAGAAUUGCUUUAUCAAGGAAAUUUCUCAUUCAAAUUUUGCAAGAUUCGGCGAAAGAAAAAGGCGGAUCCUAUCAAAGCGGUAA